UUGUAUUUCCGCAGAGUCCGCCCCUUGUGAUGCAAACACACUUCCUAAAUCAGACAAGUAAUGCAGCCAACCGCUACCUCUGAAGAAACCCACGGUCUGUUUGGAUCCACGUUAGAAAGAAACUUAAGAAACGGGUCGCUACCUUAAACAGCAUUUCCUCCCCGUACCUCACCUGUCGAGACAGCGGCCAUUCCGCAGAUAACACGGGAUAAACAGCAGUGCUACGACACCCUGCAUAACUGACAGUUAACGUUAGAUGGUUUAACGUUACUGAUUUAGCUAACGCACGUCUAACCACUGAACCGGUCCAGUAUGUCAGGGAUGACAGCCAGUACAACAAACUACCUGUGGUCUUUACAAGAUGUCCUCGGCCAAGGGGCCACUGCCAGCGUAUACAAAGCGCGCAACAAGAGGUCGGGUGAACUGGUUGCUGUUAAGGUGUUCAAUAUGAUGAGCUACAACCGCCCUCAUGAGGUCCAGAUGAGGGAGUUUGAGAUGCUGAGGAAGCUCAACCACAGCAAUAUUGUCAGGCUGUACACUGUGGAGGAGCUGCCCUCCAAACAGAAAGUGCUGGUGAUGGAGUACUGUUCAGGAGGAAGUCUGCUCAGCCUGCUGGAGGAGCCAGAAAACGCCUUUGGCCUGCCUGAAACAGAAUUCCUCACCGUAUUGCAGUGUGUAGUGCAGGGGAUGAACCACCUGCGUGAAAACGGAGUGGUACACCGGGACAUUAAGCCAGGCAACAUCAUGCGACAGGUCGGGGAGGACGGCAAGUCAGUUUAUAAGCUGACAGACUUUGGAGCAGCAAGAGAGCUAGAUGAUGAUGAGAAGUUUGUGUCCAUAUAUGGAACUGAAGAGUAUCUGCAUCCAGACAUGUAUGAACGUGCUGUGCUGCGUAAGGCUCAUCAGAAAUCCUACGGGGUGAAUGUUGACUUGUGGAGUAUUGGUGUGACAUUUUACCAUGCUGCCACAGGGAGUCUUCCCUUCACGCCAUAUGAAGGACCCCGCAGGAACAAACCCAUCAUGUUCAAAAUAACCACAGAGAAACCUAUGGGUGCAAUAGCUGGAAUACAGAGGGUAGAGGGCGGACCCAUAGAGUGGAGCUACCACCUACCUCACAGCUGCCAAUUGUCACAGGGUCUGAGGGUGCAGCUAGUUCCAGUGUUAGCAGGCAUACUGGAGGCUGACCAGGAGAGAUGCUGGGGUUUUGACCAGUUCUUCACAGCCACCACAGAUAUAUUGCAGCGGCAGCCAGUUCAGCUCUUCUCUCUGCAGCAGGCAACGGCGCUCUGUAUCUACAUACACCACUACAACACGGUGUCAGUCUUCUUUGAGGAGGUGGCGUCUCAGACUGGUAUAGGGGUUCAGCACCAGCAUCUGCUGUACCUUGGGCAUGAGCUCCCCCUGGAGGGCAACAUGAAGGUGGUCAACCUCCCACGUACUUCACCUUCCCGGCCCCUCAUUCUGCUCAGCUACGGGCCUGAAGCAAACACCAACCUGCCCUUCAGGGAACCAGAGACUCCUGUCAUCCCAUCCAGGUUUGAUGUCGUGGCAGACUACAAUUUCUCCAAGGUAAUAGUAGGAGUAGUCCAUCAGUAUCUGAGGAUAGUACAGUUGCUGCACACACAGAGAGAGCUGCUGCUGCAAGGAUACUACAGCUACAUGAUGCGGUUGCGCAAGGAGUGUGGAGAAGCCAUUCACAGUAUUGCAAUGAUCACCAUCAGACUGCAGUCUUGCCUCAACUUAGAACACAGAACCCACACACUCGGUUAUAACUCUUCAGAAAACCAAGGCUCAGCUGAUAAUAGUCCGAAGCUACAGCUGGUCCAUGAACACCUGCCUAUUUAUGCAGCAGGCAUCCAAGAGUUUCAGAACCAACUGGACCACCUGCAGAUAGAACAGGCCAAGCUGGCAGAGACCCUGGCCAAUGACAAGAGCUGUCAGAAGAUGGAGAUGCUGCUGCAGAAGAUAACAGCAAUUCAUCAGCAGUAUCGCAAAGACAGACUUACUGGCAAGUUGGCUUAUAAUGAUGAACAAAUCCACAAAUUCGAGAAAAUCCACCUGUCGUCCCACAUUAAGAGAGUGAAAUCUCUCUUUAGAGAGGACUGCGUGCAGAAAUACAAAGAGCUCUUGGCCUCAAGCAGGACAUGGAGCAGUGUUUUACUGGAGAUGCAGACUCGGCUGCAGGACUUCAGCUCUUUCUCGACAGGCUUGUUGGCAGACCUAGAGAUGGCUGAGCAGCGCCAGAAUAAGGCUCUGGACAGAAUCCUUCUCACUCUGCAGUCCAAAAGAGCAGGACAGCAGCCUGGACUCACACCCAGAGACAAAGACCAGAUGGUGUCCAGGAUGCACCAUUUGAAGGGGGAAAUGGAGAUUUUGGUGAGGGAACUACAGUGCAACAACACCAUUAUAGAGAGUUUGGGAACAGUGAACCCUGCAGCAGCUCUGGAGCCGAGCUUGGCCAGACCUUCUACACUGUGACAGAAAUGUAGCAUCUUUGCCUUUUAAACUCGUGAAUUCACAUACAACCUCUCUCAGACAAACACCUCAUUUUAACUGUCUUUAAUGAACAAUUAUGGACAGUGUCAGGAUCUUCUUUCAAGGACCAACUGAAGUUGUUUUAUGAAGAGGAAGCAACUGAGGACAAUCAAUAAAAUGUAAUCUCAAUUUAAAGAUAAGAUGCACAGAGGAGGAAGUAAUGCUACUGAUGGAUGUUUAGUCUUUGUUUUUGUGUGAAUGUGCAUGCGUGUGUGUGUGUGUGGUUGGCAACUGACUACAGCAGUUCAAUACAAACCUCAUUAAUGCCUUUAGUGUUAUUGUAUUUCUAAUAGGCUACCACAGUGAUGGACUGCCAGGACAGACAAAUGAAUGCCGAGUCAACUACUAGUGUUUCUCUGAGGCCAUGUCUUUUCUUUGUCCAGAAGAAGAAGCACAGUGCAAUCUGGGGGACCUUUAACCAAAAAUGUACUCAGACUGACUGCAUGUCUUUGUGUAUGUAUGUGUGUCUGUGUCAGUGUGUAUGUUUGCUGUAGGAAGGGCAUGAGUCAUCUGUUGUCUUUUUAACGCUUGAUCAGUCAAACGGUUCCAUGUGACUUUCCUUCUAUGUUUUAAUUCAGUGGAUGAGUAGUGGUUGAUUGCAUCAGUGACUGUUCUCUUUAAGCACAGUACAGUACUGUAGCGUUUCUGCUCCUGUUGAUGUUAAACUGUAAUGAUAAGUUAUUUCUCUGUGUUUAUCAUAGGUUUCAGUGUAAAAGAGAAGAAAUGGGAUCAGGGAAACUCUGCAUUCACCACAGUAUCUCCUUUUUAACAGAAGUAAAUAAUGUUAACAGUCCAGUGACAGUACAGAAAUUUUACAGUUUGAAAUGACAUUAGCCUGUGUGUUAACAAGGUGGGGAAAUCCCAUGGCUUGGUAUUUGUGAAGGGGUCACAGGCCAUGGCUAAACUCAGAGAAAAUUGUGAAAUAUACUUCAGCUUGUGUUCACAUAAAAUAUUUUGCCAGA